GCUCAUGGCGCCAAAGCCCCGCGAACCUUAUCCACUCUUGGAAGUCCAUUGCAGCAAAUUUCUUUCAUUUCGCAGCUCUCAAAGUGAAACCCAAAAACAAGGAAGAAAGAAAAGAUUACAACAAAGACUAUAUUAUUAUUAGUGAGUAUGAAUAUGAUGGCAUCUAUGUCAAACUCGAAGCUUUCAUUUCAAUAUCAUUAUUACUUUCAGCAGUCCGGAACGUGUUUCAAGCUAAGUCCCAGGAGAGACCUGCAAGUAAGAGCAUCUUCUUCUUCUUCUGCUGCUCCUGAUGUUGAUCUCAAGACCCUUGAAUCCGCCAUUUCCGAGAAAGACAGCGAUGCCGUUAAAGAGGCACUUGAUCAGCUGAGCGAAGUUGGAUGGGCAAAGAAAUGGUGUUCUCAGCCGUAUGUCUCACGCCGUACGACAUCUCUUCGGGAGCUGACCUCCCUUGGAAUUAAAAAUGCGGAAACUCUUGCAAUUCCAAGUGUCAGAAAUGAUGCAGCAUUUCUUUUUACAGUGGUCGGGACAACAGGGUUCUUGGGACUUCUUGCUGGCCAGCUUCCUGGGGAUUGGGGCUUCUUUGUACCAUAUUUGAUUGGGAGCAUUUCUUUAAUAGUUUUGGCUGUGGGGAGCAUUUCACCAGGACUUCUUCAAGCUGCUAUUGGUGGGUUUUCAUCAUUCUUCCCUGACUACCAGGAAAGGAUAGCUAGACAUGAAGCGGCUCAUUUUUUAAUUGCCUAUUUGUUGGGCCUUCCUAUCCUGGGAUAUUCAUUGGAUAUUGGUAAGGAACAUGUCAACCUCAUUGAUGAAAAGCUGGAAAAGCUUAUAUACAGUGGACAGCUUGAUGCUGAAUUGCUUGACAGGUUGGCCGCUGUCGCUAUGGCUGGACUUGCUGCAGAGGGUCUGAAAUAUGACAAAGUGAUUGGUCAAUCUGCUGAUCUUUUCACGCUUCAGAGAUUCAUAAACAGAAGCAACCCAAAACUCAGCAAUGAUCAGCAGCAAAAUCUAACUAGAUGGGCAGUCCUGUUUGCUGGAUCCCUCUUGAAAAACAACAAGGUCAUUUAUGAAGCCUUGAUGUCUGCCAUGUCAAAGAAGUCGACUGUGUUGGAAUGCAUCGAAGCAAUUGAGAAAGCUGCAUAGCUUUACCUAUCACUUCCAUAUUGUUUUUCAAGUACCCAAUUGGGAAGAUUGCACUGUGCUUGAAUUCCACAUUACCACCUAGAAUCUUUAUAAUUAAAAAUAGCCAAAAUGGUGUGUGCAAACAAUUUUAAAACGAAAACAACUGAUACCAAGUACAAAAUCUGCUUUCUAUGCAGUCUACAAAUCGAUUUAUGAUCACUUGUCAUUUUUUUUUCA